CUUGUUUUAGUGUUUGUAGUUGUAACCUUGAGUCCUUCUUCCCCUUUGAUCAUACAUGUCGUUUGACUACGAAUCCGCUCUUUCUUCACGAGAUUCGGAUGGGGUAGAUAAGGAAUUGCAGACAUUUAUACAAACGAUACAACAAAGGGCGGAGUUUCAGAAUCAUGUCAAUCAUCUGACUUCGGUGUGUUGGGAUAAGUGUGCUGCUGGAUACCCGUCUUCGAAAAUGGAUGCUAAAAAAGCAAAUUGUAUCGAAAACUGUACAGAACGUUACUUGGACGUUUCCAUGCUUCUUCGUAGCAGGUUUCAAUCUAUGUUGGCGAAUAUGCAACAGUAGAGUGUUUUAACAAGUGAAAUACUUCACUUGUAAUCAUAUUUGGACUCCUGUAUAUAGUGUAGUAAAUGUCUUUAUUUUCUUCUAACUAGAUACCCUGUUCUUAUACCUAACUGCACUGGCUAUGGAGACAUUUGUUCAUAUGUACAAUUGUAAAAUCUAGUUAUUAACUCAUGUUUUGGGUUUUUUCUAUGUAAAUGGAAGUUUAUCUGAU